GUGCGAUCAGACCCGGAGACAGACGGAGAUCCCUACUGCGACGAGGAUCACUUCGAAAGCAGCGCUACACAGAGCGUUGCGAAGUCUCUGCGCACAGAGAGUCGGUCGAUGCGUGUGGACAGCCCGUCCCAAGAUGAAAACUACACCUCCGCCUACCACUCGGAUCGUUCGGACUCCGAAGGCUCCGAGGAGGAAGAGGAGCCAGACAGUGCCGAGACGGAGGCGUUGAAAACAGAACUGGCAGCCAAGGACGACGAGCAGGACAAGCUGUCGGAGCAAAUGCUGGCGAUGCAGCGCGAGAUGGAGGCGCUCCGGAAGCUCCUCGAGGAGCAGCAGCAGGAGCUGGCAAGCUCCUCCCAGGAGCGGACCUGGUGGUCAUUGAGGGUGUAG